AGGCCCAUCAUUUUGAAAAUUUGGUAAGGAUUGGAGAGGGGCCGCGCGAACGCAGGCCCCAACUAGCACAAAUUAUGACGUACACUCUCCCACUUGGGGAGAUGUUAGGCUCACGCGCUGUCCAAGUGCAAUGAGAACCGCCAACCUAGGCCAUGGGCUUUCUUGAUCGCCCAUCGACCCCGUCCAGGUAAGUAAUUUUUUCAGUCCAGCUGCCUGCUAUUUUAUAAUCCAUACUUUUACUCCACUCUCCAUUUCUUUCCGAUGUGGGGCAAAGAUCAGUCGAUCAUCAACACGUAAAACAAAGACUGUAUCGAGAUUUUCAAAAGAAUUCAUCUGCCUUGAAGAAGCUGUGUGUUUUGAACUAGGUUGGAUCCAUGAAAGGAUUCUUGGGACCUUUGAGCGUAAGUUGAGCGGCUUGGAAGUAUUAGGAACUACUCAGGGACGUUUAAGAGAUCACAAUUGCGGCUUGAAGGGGUGAAGGAUGUUAUUGCUGUUGCUUCUGGUAAAGGUGGCGUUGGCAAAUCCACCACUGCGGUCUCUUGGGGUUUUGGGACGGUUCUAAAUGUCAGCAUCAAGGAAAAAUUUCCAUUCUUUUUGUCAGUUUUGCUGAGCUAAUGAGGCAAUUAGUUAACUUGGCUGUUGCACUUGCUAUUAAGUGCCAACUGAAGGUGGGCCUGCUUGACGCUGAUGUUUAUGGACCAUCUGUUCCUAUGAUGAUGAAGAUUGACAGGAAGCCAGAUAUCACUGAAGAUAAGAAGAUGAUUCCAAUAGAGAACUAUGGAGUUAAGUGUAUGUCAAUGGGAUUUCUUGUAGAGAAGGAUGCCCCUAUCGUAUGGAGAGGUCCCAUGGUGAUGAGUGCUCUUGUGAAAAUGACUAGGGGAGUUGAUUGGGGAAAUCUUGAUAUUCUUGUGGUGGAUAUGCCCCCUGGUACUGGCGACGCACAACUAACUAUGACCCAAAAUCUGCAACUAUCUGGUGCAUUGAUUGUUUCAACUCCACAAGAUAUUGCUUUGUUGGAUGCUCGUCGAGGAGCUAAUAUGUUCUCUAAAGUUGGCGUUCCUAUUUUGGGAUUUGUAGAGAACAUGAGUUUCUUCAAAUGCCCACAUUGUGGUGAACCCUCAUUCAUUUUUGGGAAAGGAGGAGCUAGAAAUGCAGCUGCUUCAAUGGGUCACAACUUUCUUGGUGAGAUACCGUUAGAAGUGGACGUCAGAAAAGGUUCUGAUGAAGGCAUCCCUGUAGUGAUUUCAGCACCUGAUUCUGCGAUCUCCAAAGCAUAUGGUGAUACAGCACAAAAUGUUGUCAACAAACUUGAGGAAUUGGCAAAGGAACCAUCUCUCCAUCCAGAGAUUAAUCUGUAAAAACUUUGGUAGAAGAACAAUCUCCCCUCCCCCCCAUUUACUAUGAUCUAGUAGCCAUCAAAUAGUUUUUCUUGAUUUUGUUACUUACUUGGUGCUUAUAUAGUAUGCUAAUUUUAAUCUCUCUUUUCCUUUUCGUUGUAUGAAUAAGUCGAUGUAUUCUAGAAAUAGGGCAUAGGGAAAAGCUCAGAGCAAUUUGCUCCAGAUCUCAGCCAGUGGUUCUCUUCCUCUGCAGAUUGUUUAGCUACACUGACACAACAUUUUGAUAAGCGAGUGAAACAAUUGGGGGUAUGCAUCCACCUAUCCUGACAUCA